AUGGAAGCUCUUCUAUUAAACAAACCAAUCGUGAUCCUAGGUGAUCUAAAUUGUGAUGGAUUAAAGGAUAAUUGUGUAGAAUAUAAAAUUAUGGAUAGAUUUUUAAAUGAAAUGAACCUCACUCAACUUAUUAAAUCGCCAACGAGGAUCACUGAUGCAACUCAAUCAUUGCUAGAUGUUAUCCUAGUGUCGUCGAAGUCAAUAGUGUACCGAAGUGGAGUAUUGCUUACAUCAAUCAGUGACCAUUUACUUGUGUACGCUGAACUUAAGAUUAAGUCUCCUAAGCAACCUUCGCAAUACAUUACAGCACGUAGCUUUAAAAAUUAUGUACCGAAUUAUUUUGCAGCUGAUCUUGCGGACAAAUCAGAUUGUCUCCUAUCUAUUUUUGACGGCGACGAUGUAAAUGCUAAACUAAACAUUUUUAACCAUGCGAUCCAGUCUACACUAGACGUUCAUGCUCCAAUUAAAACAAUUAAGAUCCGUAACCGACCAUGCCCAUUUAUUACCCAAGACCUCAGAAACCUUAUGAAAGAGAGAGAUCGAUUACAUCAACGAUUUCUACGUACGCGGGAUAUUAUAGACUGGGUCAAUUAUAAGAGCUACCGGAAUAAUGUGAAGAGAGAUCUUAAGAAGGCGGAGAAUGAGUAUAACUCUAAUGAAGUACGGCAACAUAAAGAUAAUCCGGGGUCUCUAUGGAAAAUAGUAAACCGUCUUACACCAUCAAAAGGAAAAGAAAGACAAAUCUAUAAAGGAGACCAUAAAUCUCUUGCAAAUGAUUUCAAUCAGUUUUUUUCAUCGGUUGGUGAAAAUGCAGCAAGGGCGUCUUCUCAUCUAGCAGAUACUAACAACAUCAAUCUACGAAAAUCAAUCGAAUCAGUCGUUAUAACUGAAAUCGACCAAUUUAAGUUUAGAGCCGUAACUUGCCACGAAGUACGUCGAGUAGUUUUAUCGUUACCUCUCAAUAAAUCAUCUGGUCCGGAUAAGAUUAACCCACGGAUCAUAAAAGACUGUCUUCCGGUCAUUUUGGGUCCUUUAACGGAAAUUAUAAAUUGUUCCCUUCGUACUUCUACUUUUCCUCUGGCAUGGAAAAAGGCAGAACUUAUUCCUAUUCAUAAAGAAGGUGACCACGAGGUACCCUCAAAUAAUUGACCAGUUUCCCUUCUUGUAGUCGCAUCUAAAAUCUGUGAAAGAUUAGCUCUUGAGCAAUUUAGCUGUUACCUAACAAGCAACAACCGACUAUCCUCCCACCAAAGUGGAAAUAAAAAACUUCACUCGACAGAGACAUUAAACGUUUUUAUCACUGACACCAUCUUAAAGGUCAUGGAUAAAAAGAAACUCUCAGCUCUAGUGUUGCUUGAUCUCUCAAAAGCAUUUGACAGUAUAAACCAUCAGAGAUUACUUCAUAAACUAUCAAAUGUCGGAGCAUCCAAAUCAACAGUAAACUGGUUCAGAAGCUACUUAACAGACCGUUUCCAAUCAACCCGUAUUAACUCUACGUUAUCAGAUCCAUUACCGAUAACUUAUGGUGUACCUCAAGGGGCCAUUUUAUCGCCAUUGCUCUUUUGUAUAUACCUUAACGAUCUACCCUGUGCAUCUUACAAUGGUGAUCUUGAAUCAUACGUUGAUGAUACGAAAACUUUGUUAUCGUUUCCUUUAACGGAAGCUGACACUGGAAUUAAAAAUCUGGAAGAAGACCUACAUAAAAUUGCGUCUUGGUGCCGUGAAAACAAUCUUUUGGUGAAUCCAGAUAAAACAAAAUUCAUGAUCAUUGGAACCAGGCAGCUGAUGAACGAACUUGAUGUCAAUAUUUCGAUCUCUUUUAUGGGGAAGAUUCUAGAACCUGUUGAUUUUGCCAAAGAUCUAGGACUUCUAAUGGACAGUCACCUAAGUUACGAUAAGCACAUAUCGAAUCUAGUGUCGUCCUGCCUUUAUAAACUGUGCCAGAUAAACAGAGUUAAAAAUAAUUUUGACAAGGGAACACUUACAAUGAUAAUCACUUCAUUAGUGAUCAGUAAACUGCUCUACUGUUCCACUGUGUGGUCAAAUACAACAUGCACUAAUAUAAAGAAACUUCAAUCUAUUCAAAACUUUGCAUGUAAAAUAAUCACAGGAUCCAAGAAAUACGAUCAUGUAAGCCCAUUACUCCAAAAUCUUGAGUGGCUCACAGUUGACAAAUUACUCUAUUUCCGUGAUGCCGUAAUGACUUUUAAAUGCAUGAACAACUUAGCGCCGAAAUAUCUUUGUGACAUGUUUGAGAAACGAUCUUGUAUUCAUAAUCGGUCUACGCGGAACUGCAACUCAAUACAGAUACCAUUGUUUAAAACAGCGGCAGGGCAACGGUCAUUUGCUUUUAGAGGAGCUUCAAUUUGGAAUAACUUAGACACUGAGCUAAAGAAAUGUACAUCACUUAAGACAUUUAAAAGUCAACUUAAAGAACACUUACUGUCUACUUAG